CCGCCGUAAAGCUUAGACUACUUGUCUAUCUCUUUCAUCGCAAAACCCCACACACACUACUCGCCCUCCUCUCUUCUUCAUUUCUGUCAUUCCCGCCAGUCGUCGACCUUGGCUCCCUCACCCCGCGUCUUUGCACACCUGCUGCGACGAGGCCUAAUCCCGACGUCCAGUAUGGCCGUUGUCCCCGUCGACACGACCUUGCAAGUGCCGCCUCCGGACCCGGUCCAGGAACCCCCAGAGGUGGCCGUGACCCCCUGCGACCCCUGGCCGGCUCCAUACUACUUCGAAGGCGGACUGCGCCGCGUCAAGCCCUAUCACUACACCUACAACACCUACUGCAAGGAACGCUGGCGCGGGCGGGAGUUGCUGGACAUCUUCCUGUCGGAGUUCCGCGAUCGACCGGCCGAAUACUACAAAAAAGCCCUCGAAACCGGCCUCGUCUGCGUCAACGGCAAACCGGGUACGCCGCACACGGUCGUCAAGAACGGCGAGAUCAUCUCGCACACGCUGCACCGGCACGAGCCGCCGGUGACGGGCAAGGCGAUCGGGAUCAUCCACGAGGACGACGACCUGAUCGUCAUCGACAAGCCGGCCGGCGUGCCCGUGCACUCCGCGGGGCGGUACCACUACAACUCGGUGCUGGAGAUCCUGCGGUCCCAGCGGCACCCGGACUGGGUGCCGCGGCCCUGCAACCGCCUCGACCGGCUGACCUCCGGCGUCAUGUUCCUGGGGAAGCACCCCAAGGCGGCGGAGAUGAUGUGCGAGAAGCUCAAGGCGCGGACCUUACAAAAGGAGUACGUGGCGCGCGUGAAGGGACGGUUCCCGGACGGGGUCGUCGUGUGCGACCAGCCGAUCAUGUCGGUCAGUCCGAAGGUCGGGCUGAAUCGCGUGCGCGCCACGGGGAAGGAGGCCAAGACCAAGUUCCGGCGGUUGGCGUAUGUUCCCCCUUCUGCGGCCGCGGGAGCAGCUGCACCGGUUGAUGCGGGAGGGCAAAGGGAGGGGGAGGGGAGGGUCGCGACGCCGCCGCCGAUCUACGCCAACGAGGAGGAAGGCUACAGCAUCGUGCACUGCCUCCCCCUCACGGGCCGCACGCAUCAGAUCCGCGUGCACCUGCAGUUCCUGGGCCAUCCGAUCUCCAACGACCCGAUCUACUCGAAUCGGAAAGUCUUCGGUCCGGACCUCGGGAAGAACGAGACCUCCGACGAGCGCGACCAGGAGCUGAUCGCCCGCCUGUCGAACAUGGGCAAGACCGAGACCGUUGCCGAGGGUACCACCACUACCACUACAUCCUCCAAAAACGACAGCGAGAACAGCUACCGCACCCAUCUCACGGCCGCGCCGCUCGUGCCGCCCGGCACCGACGCCGCGGUCGUCGAGGAGAUCAUGUCCCGCGAGCACGAGGCCGCCGUCGAGCGCUACCACAAGCGCAAGGGCGAGCGGCUGUCCGGCGAGCGCUGCCCCGUCUGCGACACCGAGCUGUACACGGACCCCAGCCCCGAGGAGCUGGGCAUCUUCCUGCACGCCGCCGCGUACGCCGACAAGGGCGCCGACGGCUGGAAGUACACCAGCCAGAUGCCCAGCUGGGGCCUGCCGCCCGCCGGCGUGGCCGGCCCCCGCGCGAUGCCGGACUGGGUCGAUGUCCCCGAGGCCGAGGAGAUCGUGAUCGGGUAUGGCACGGUGCCGGAGCUCGGCGGCGAUGGCGAGGGUACUGAGGCCGACAGGAGAGGAGGGAUCCCGGCGCUGGUCCAGGGGGUCGGGUUGGUGGAUAUCUCGGCGGAGAGGCAGGCGCAUGAAGCUGCUGCUAAUGCUGCUGCUGUCGCUGCUGCCGCCGCUGCCCACGCGGAGACGGCAGCUGAAGCGCAAGCCACCGCAUAGAUUCUUUUUGGUGUUGGCACAUAGAACCGCGAUGAUAUCACAAUAGAAUUUCAG